AGUUUAAAAUCCAGAGCGGAAAUGGAUUAACUUUAGACUUUGUUUAAAAAUAAAUGUUUAAUUUCCACGUGUAAAGCAGAAGGAUAAAAUUACCAUACAUAAACCUUUGAAAACGCUAUAUAGUGAUUUCAAUGUCAAAUGGUUGUCAAACUAACAAGAUUACAUACCUGGGGAGUGGACAGUAAAAAUGUGUACUUUGACCAUUGUAUAAUUAUAUAAUCAGCUAAUAGUGUAUUGGAUUGGUCUAUUUCUUCCGAAAACUUGCAAAUAAACAAAAGUUAAUGGAUUAUUUCAUAUGGCCUAUUCUUACACAUUUUAAUGUCACUCUGACUGACUAUGAAUGCGCAGGUAUAUACAUGAAAACUUGGUUUUAUCUUACAACGUGCAUUGUUUUACACUAAAUGCUGUAUGGAUAUCUAAACGGAGGAUUCAUUAUUGUAAUGUACAUGCAUACUCGGAAUUAUUGAGGAAAACAUGAAUUCCUCAAACACGUUGGACACAAUGGAGGUCGCUAAGCGGCACUUGCAGUUGGGCCGUCGGUCCGAGCCGGCCACGGACGACGAGCUUGUACCUCUUGCCCUGUCUACCGACUCGGACACAAUGGAAGAUCAAACCAUUGAUCAGGCACCAGACACAUUUCAAACACCGCCGUCAUCCCCUCCGCAUGAAAAUGGAUUCCCUAACGGAGACAUUUUAUAUAGGGAAAAGGUUAGAGACAAGGUGAAAGAUGAUCCAGAAACCCGGUGUGGAUAUUGGUCGUGUCGUCCACAGAUUCUCCAGAAGUGCAACAAUCCAAAAUGCCUGCUUCUCUUUUUAUCCUUCUUCUCCAUGGCUCAAGGUUUUGUUGUCAAUGGUAUAAAUAAUGUGAGUACAACAUCAGUCGAAAGAAGAUUUCAGUUGCCAAGCAGUCGGGUCGGAAUGAUUUCAAGUUCUUACGACUUGUCGGCCGCCAUCUUGGGCAUUUUUAUCAGUUUCAUGGGUUCCGGGCGUCAGAAAGCGAAAUGGUUAGCUUGGGGCUGUCUGUCAAUGGCUGUGGGCUCUUUUAUCAUGGCGAUGCCUCAUUUUACGUCAGGGAAAUACGAAUGGGGACAGGAUAUAUCCCUAGCUUGCAGUAAAGAAGAUUCACCGGUUGAUUGUAGUAGUGACUCGGAAUUGCAACACUAUCUGUAUGUUCUGAUUUUGGGGCAGCUACUUCACGGUCUGGGAGGUACGACACUGUACACAGUCGGUGUUUCCCUUAUUGACGACAGUGUUCCGGCCAGUAGUUCACCAAUGUAUAUAGGUAUAUUGUACGCAUUUGCGACGCUAGGACCAGCAAUGGGUUACAUCAUUGGCGGUCAGCUUCUAGAGAUUUAUGUAGAUUUUGAUACAGUGCCUUCGUCAGAUGUCCGAAUCAAGUCCGACGAUCCCCGCUGGGUCGGGGCGUGGUGGAUAGGUUUUAUUAUUGCAUCCAUGUUAUUUAUUGUCGCUGCAGUGCCAAUUUCACUGUUUGGGGCGGAGCUACCCUCUGCAAAGCACGUGCGUGAAACACGUGUAUCUGAGAUGCACGGGGACGACGGGACAAUGAUUUCAUCAGUGUCGUCUGAGGGGAGAAAACUCCGUGACCUAAAAUUCUUACCAAAACAGAUAUUGCAACUUCUGAAAACGCCACCAUUCUUGUUCAUAACUUUAGCAGGUGCUACUGAAGGGAUGAUAACGUCUGGGUUUGCAACAUUUAUGCCAAAGUUUAUACAGAACCAGUUUGGUGUAAGUGCUGGCUGGGCUGCCAUGCUUACGGGGUUCAUGGCUGUACCUGGAGCUGCCGGGGGACAAUUCUUCGGCGGGUAUUUAUGCAAAUGCCUCAAACUAAAGGUGAAAGGAUGUAUUCGUGUUGCAAUCAUAUGCUCUAGUUGUGCAGUGUUGGUAUCGUCUGUCUUGUGGAUCAGGUGUAACCCCGGCAACGUUGCCGGAGUAUCACGAGAAUAUUUAAACAGUACAAACACGGUGCUACCCGAGUUAAUACACACGUGCAAUAAAGAUUGUCGAUGUCAUACGGAAUUGUACGAGCCGGUGUGUGAUUCUAACGGUGUGCAGUAUUUCUCACCAUGCCAUGCCGGAUGUUCCAUAGAAUCAUCAAAUUCUGAGUCAUACAGCUCAUGUUCAUGUACUGCGCCUACGCCAGAGACCAACGUAUCCAUGGUAACCGUUGGAAAAUGCGAGGAUGAUUGUAAGAUGUUAUAUGUGUUCAUGCCAAUGAUAUUUGUAUCAAUAUUUCUGCUCUUUGUACCUUCACCACCAGCCGUGGCUGCCACUCUUAGAUGUAUCCAUGACAGUCACCGGACACUUGGCCUCGGUUUGAAAUGGUUCAUAGUGAGGCUUCUUGGAACUGUUCCAGGUCCAAUCUUGUUCGGUGCAAUUAUUGAUAAUACAUGCGUUAUAUGGCGGGAAAAAUGUGGACAGCGUGCCUCGUGUUGGAUAUACAACAAUGACAAACUAAGCCUUAACUUUUUCAUAUUUGUUGUAUGUUUCAAACUAGUUUCAAUAACAUUUUUUGUGCUGGCUCAUCAGAUGUACAAACCGCCGUCAGAAAAAAAGGUGAAAUAUGUAGUAAGUGAUAGCGAAAACAUAAAUUCUGAUUCUGUGGUAUCAGGCGUAACCAUAGUUACUGAGAGUGACGCUGGAAUUUAAAAAAAAAUAACAUAAAAUGAAUUGGAAAGUCUUUCUUGUGGCGCAAAGUUACACUGCUGUGCGACAUAAUUAAAAGCGUUUCCGCGGAAGCAGAUGUGGUUGUAACAUUGAUCAGGAAACCACAAAACUAACUUUUUUGGAAACAUGCACGUGCCAGAUUGUAAAUCGAUCGUAAGUGUAGGCUAUAUUGAGCACUUUUUGACAUAAGACAUGACGGGCUAAAACUGAAAUGUCAAGCUGUUAAUAUAGAAUGAGCGGAAAUAUAAGAUCCAAAAUAAUGCAGCUGUUUUUAAAGGGAGUAUAUUUUAACCUACUUACAAAAUCCCUACAAAUUGUGAUCCAUAUAAUAUGCAUGUAUGGCAAAGGGCCUAUGCACAUGCAGAUUUAUCAAUGGCACCAUCGACCAAGCUGAAGUUGUAUUCAUUUUUUAAAAAAAGGAGAGGUUAAAUCGAAUUUUAAAUCUGUGUGAGGGGUAUCCCUGCUGUGGGUGGAAAAUUUAUUGCCAAGAAUUCAUUUCGUGCAAUGACAGUUAAUUAUGUUAAUUAAGGAGCCCGCUUCCAGACUUAGCCAAUGUCAGUUUCUUUUCCGAAAUUAGAAAGCAGUACAUUUAUUCAUGUGUUCAUAAAAUCAACUGGACUUGUACUUUUGUAUUAAGCAGACAUCUCUUUUAAACAUUUUUGAGAUCAUGAUCCAUUUCUUGAAUCGUGUCCCUUUCAGAUUGUAGGUUAAACUUUCAUUUUUUUCAUUGCCGAGUGAUGGCCGGCUUAUUUAUCUACUAACACGUAGACCAGUUGUCUAAGUGCACGGCAGGCAUCGCACAGUCAUACAAUAAGUACAUGUACAUUCAAUCUGGCGACCGCAGCCAGUCGGUCAAUUCCAUAAACAAUUUAGCCCGGAGAUAAUAUACAUGUAGCUACUAUUUGGAUUUCACAGGAUAUUUCAAAUUUUAUAAUGACUUUUUGUUGACGGAUUUAAAUAUAAACAUUUAAUAGAGACAUCAACAAUCAAAGCUACUGAUUCCUUAACAAAAACUAUAUAUACUAUACAGAUUACAGAUAACAUAACCUUUAUAAAAUGUUGAUAGCGCUUACAAUUGAAAAGUGGGUAAGUAGUAUACUUGAUACAAUAUAGGGAUACCACACUCUAAAUAUACGUAUAUUUGUGAUGGUUUGUGAUUGGAAUUACUCGCCACAUGAAGUAAACAUUCGCCACCUGUAUUGCCUGGUAAAUAUUCGCCACCUGUAUUGCCUGGUAAAUAUUCGCCACCUGUAUUGCCUGGUAAAUAUUCGCCACCUGUAUUGCCUGGUAAACAUUCGCCACCUGUAUUGCCUGGUAAAUAUUCAAUGUAAAAAUAAUGUUAUAUUACAGUUUAUUUUACAAAAAGCGACCAUUACACAAGUAAUUUUUUGUUGGUAUAGUUGUCCAAAAUUUCUUAUAGUAUGAAAAAAACUUUCAACAUUGACACUUUUUAACAAAAUACUAUUUUUAAAAAAAAAGUCAGGAAAAAAUACCAAAAAUCUGUGAAUGAGUGGCUUAAAAUCCGGUUAACCUAAGUAUCUUGAUUUAGUUGCAAAUCAAAUGCCAGCAGCAUUUCUUAAUUUAACUGUGAUAUAUGUUUUUGCACAUUUUACGUUCGCUGUUAUGUGAUAUAUUUUCUUCUAGAGAGAGAUUAUAUUUUGUAAUAAAAUUUCUAUAUUAUUUGUAAAGUGAAGAGAGACAUUUGAAAUAAAUAAUAAUUAUGUAAA